GACAAAUUACCGCUUGAAAAUAUUCUUAAUUAAACAUAAAUCAAUAUAAAUUACUUAGACAAGUCAAGUCAUUUCGUUUUGCAAACUAUAUAAGAUCAGAGCCAGAGAUUGACUCUGUCCAAUAUUAAAGACUGAAUGGUACUGCUCAUUCAAGAAAGUCUUAGGAUGGACUAGACAAGAUCAAAAGCGACAACAAUGGGCGAUUUACAGGAUAUCGCUAUUGUUGGGAUCGGGUGUAGAUUUCCAGGCGCUGAUAAUUUAGAAGAAUUCUGGCGUGUACUUAGGAAUGGCGAGAACCAUGUAAAAGAAGUACCAGCUAGUAGAUGGAAUUUAGAUGUAUUCUUUGAUCCGGACCCAAACACACCAGGCAAGACUUAUGUUCGCAAUGCAGGUUUUGUAAAGGGGGUCGAAGAAUGGGAUCACCGCUUCUUCGGUUUGAACGAUAUGGAAGCAGAACUUGUUGACCCCCAGCAGAGACUGGUUCUAGAGUGUGUCCAUAUGGCGCUCGAAGAUGGUGGAAUAAGACGAAAUGAUAUCGAUGGUUCGGACACGGCAGUUUACAUAGGAUCUAUGACUGAUGACUACAAGGGUCAUGUUAUGGACGAUGUAGGACUAAGCAGUGCGUAUUCCGUAACAGGAACACAUAACAGUAUUAUAAGCGCAAGGGUUUCAUACAAUUACAACCUUCUUGGGCCUUCAUUGACACUAGACACUGCAUGUUCAUCUUCUCUGGUCGCCAUUGAUUUAGCUUCACAAUCCAUACACACAGGAAUCUGUACAUUGGCUAUAUGUGGCGGAGUUAAUGUUCUUCUGGAUCCACAAAUGUUUAUAGCAUUAGCAAAAGCAAGAAUGUUGUCACCGUCCGGUCAGUGUAAAACAUUCACGAAAGAGGCUGACGGAUAUGCCAGAGGUGAAGGAUGCGGUAUUGUUAUUCUUAAGAAGCUGAAACAGGCUAUCAAAGAUGGUAACAAAAUAUGGAGUAUUAUAAAAACAGGAGUUAAUCAAGAUGGUCACAUGACUACACCAAUAACGGCUCCAUCUGGGCUUCAACAAGAGCGCUUAAUCAAGAGAACUUAUGCAAGAUACAAUAUUGAUACGUCCUGUAUUCAAGUAAUUGAAGCACACGGAACAGGGACACUUAUUGGAGAUCCAACAGAGAUUAACGCAUUAGGAGCACAUUUUGGAAAGAAAGCUAAUUCUCAAUCACCUGUUUACGUUGGAUCUGUGAAGACAAACAUUGGCCAUCUAGAAGCCGCUGCAGGUGUGGCAGGUUUGAUAAAGGUUUUACUUAUGAUAAAAUACCAUACAAUUGUCCCUUCUUUAUGGUACAAGAAGGAUAACGAAAACCCAAAACUAAAAAUGUCCGACCACGGAUUUAUUGUCCCUACUGAAUGUACAAAUUGGUGUAAAUCGGAAUCGGAAAAACGUCUUGCAUGCGUAAACAGUUUUGGCUUUGGCGGCACUAAUGCUCACGCAAUUAUUGAGGAAUAUCAAGAAUCAAAACAUGGGAUUUCGUCUGCCGUAGGGACAAUUAACACGUUUCCUUACAUAAUUACCUUUUCAGCUAUCGACAGAUAUUCCCUGAAAGAAAAUAUGCAGUCAACAAGGAAUGCUUUAGAGUCCAAUUCAUAUGACUUAUCGUCACUUUCGUGUACAUCCACGUGUAAACGAGAUCAUUUUAAAGAAAGAAAGGCAGUGUUUGGAAAAACACAAGAAGAAAUUAUGUCUGCCUUGAAAAAGUCCCUAGAGGCAGAUGAUGAACCCGUCAAAGUAACUAUGACAAAAAGAAUUGUGUUUGUGUUUUGUGGUGUUGGUACCUCCUGGAAAGGAAUGUGCAACUCAUUAAUGAAGAUAAAAGCCUUUAGAUCAGCAGUCAAACAAAUCGAUCAAGUGUUGCAACCUCUGUCGGGUUGGGCGGUAGCAGAAUUAUUCCAAAAUUCGUUAGAUUUCCAGGCUGAUCCGAUGAAAGCUCAUAUAGCAAUUUUUGCCUGUCAAGUUGGACUUACAAUGCUUUGGAAACACAUUGGAAUUACCCCAGACGCUAUUGUUGGGCAGUCGGUUGGAGAAGUUGCAGCAGCCUUCGCUGCAAAUUAUUUUGAUCUUGAAACAGCAGUGAAUAUCAUAUACAACAGAUCAAAGGUAUUGGCAUCUGUCAAUCAGGGAGGUAUGAUUGUUGUUAGCAACGUCGAUGUUGAAAUUAUUGAAAAGUUGUGCCAAACUGUAGGAUCUGUCAUCGCUGUGUACAACAGUCCGGUAUCCUGUACAGUUUCAGGUAGCAUAGAUCAAGUUGAUCGGUUGAAAUAUCAACUUUCGAAACCAGAAUAUAGUAAGGCAAAAAUUAUACGCUUGGACGUAAAAUGUGCAUAUCAUAGCCAUUUUGUUGAACAAGCUGCUUUACACCUUCGAGAACAACUUGAAGGUAUGUCUUGUACAGAAGGGAAUAUUGCAGUAUUUUCAACUGUAACUGGUCGACAAGAAUCUAGUUAUACAAUUGGAAAGUCAUCUUACUGGGAGAAAAAUGUUAAAAUGCCAGUAUUAUUUUCACAGGCUAUUAAAAAAGCAAGUUCAGAUCAGAGUCAUGACAUAUUUGUUGAAAUCGGUCCUAGUCCAGUUUUGAGAGCUCAUUUGGAUAGUAUCCUAUAUAGUAGAACAAACUAUUCGAUUGUUCUCUCUAUGAGAAAACACAGUGAGCUAGACACAAUAACAGCAUCAAUCUGUCAAUUAUAUCAGUUGGGAUUAGAGCCAAAGUGGAACAAUAUUAAUCCAUGUCAAACGCAAUGUACUGAUAUUCCAAGGAACAAUUUGCAAAAACGGCGAAUGUUUUAUCAGAGUCAAGAGGCAGUCAUGAGAAUCAAUGGAUUUGAAAUACAGAAAGAUGACCAUUUGUUUAUCAAACGAUUCCCAGAAAAUAACGGUACUGCAUCAUUUAGGGCUGAGAUCAACGAAGAAACUACUUCGUUUGUGUUCCAACAUUUUGUUAAAAGAGAGAUAGUAAUUCCGGGUGCCACGUAUGCUGAUAUUGGUUUCGAAAUUGGAAGAACAGUCAAAGGACUAUCUAAACAAGAUACAAUUAUAUCAUUAGAGUUUCUCCGACCAGUAAAAGUGAAAACUAAAGAAAAAACAUCUUUAGAUAUAUCAACCAUUAAACAAAGGGACGGGCUACUUUUUCACGUUAAACAUGCUGAUGUGACUAUAUGCAAAGGAUGGGUUCACAAAACUCAAUUGGACGAGAUGAGUGAGACAAUCGUUGAUGUAGACCUUAUAAGAACAACAAUAUCUUCAGCAGAGUGUAGGAGGAUGGGCGAGAAUGAAAUGUAUGGCUAUCUUAUGUCCCUUGGAUUUCAGUAUGGAAUAUGUUUCAAGCUUCUGAAAAGCUGUGUUACAAAUGGCGUUGAAUGUUUAACAGAGGUAGAACUUCCUGAUGUCCUCAUGUCAGAUUUACAAUUAACAACUAUUCAUCCUUGUAUUUUAGAUGCAAUGGUACAGUCAACAAUAAAUGUUACUACGGAGGAACUUUUUGACAAAAUUAAAGCCGAAAAGCUAUCGUUCUUGCCAGUUGCAAUGGGAAAAAUACAUGUGAGAAAAAGCCCUGAGCGAAAUAUGUAUUUGUACACAAAACGUACAAACACGACAUUACUAGAUUCCGUUUUCCAGCUCCAUUAUAACAUAUUGCUGAUCAAUAAUGACGGAUUUGUAAUAGCUGAGGUACAGAAUUACACUACAUACGGAAAACGAAAUGGCUUAACUGCACCAUGUGAACUAAAGUAUGACCUUACUUGGCAUGAUUUUAAUCUACCAUUAGAGAAAGCAAGACAAAGAGCAAAUAUUCUUAUACUAUCAACCGCUGAAAUUUCGGAAAUGAAAAAUCACCUCGAUGACAUUGGGCACACGUUCAUCGCCAAGGCCACGCGGAAUAUGUCAGGAGAUGACGUCGGAAAGGUUUUUAAGGUAGCAAAGUCGCAUUGGAAGUCAGUUACAAAUACUGAUGCAGUUUUACUGGUUAUUGACAAGUUUGAAACAAGUUCAAUUACACAUGAGUGCGCUGAGUAUAUUCACUCAAUUGUCCGAGAAAAUUGCUUGUUUCUAAGCACAGUCGUCAAGUAUAUGGUCAGCAAAGGCAUGUCCAUUCCAAUUUAUAUAGCAACGCAAAAUACACAACUCUCUCUUUCAAAUUUGUAUGAAAAUUUAAGCUUAGUUGGAGAAGAAUUAUGGGGCUUCGUUCGUUCUGUUAAUAUUGAGUUUAUUUAUGGUGUCAUUACGUUGAUAGAUCUUCAGCCAUCACUAUCGGAAACAAUAUCCACUCUUUUAAACUUUGUGUCAAGUUCUUGCAGGAACCCCGAUACAGUAAACACAGAGAUCAUAAUUUUCAAAAAUAAAACAUAUGGAGCUCAAUUUACGAAAGUACCUAGAAAAAAUGUUCUUCCGAAACUGAGAAACGAAGUAGCAUUACUUGAAAAGUCAAUGUUACCGCACAAAAUUUUGACUGACAGAUCUAUUAAAGUAGGAACAUUGUAUGUAUGUGAAAGUUCAGGAGAAGAAUAUCGGCGCAAAAACGACAACCUCUUGCUUAAACUGAAUCGUGUAUGUGUUCAUCCUGUUUGUAUUUAUCCUAGAACCAGCAGUGGAAUUGACCUCGAUCAAGAUAUAUGGAAAGAUACAAUAAAAGAUGGACAUGAACUACUUGGCAUUGAAUACACAGGUUAUAAGCUUUAUAGGAACAAAAAGGGCAAAUCAUCCUGCACAGAACCAAAGGUUGAUGAUGAAAUCAAAAACGACUUUUCGAACAGGUGGGAAAUAGUAUGCAUCUAUCCUUCAAAGUUAUUAACAGAGAUGAACAUACCUGAAGAGUGCACAGUGUUGCUGAAGGAUCUAAAGGUGUACAUACCAGGCCUUCUUUUGUAUACAGUCAUAAGCUUCAGAUUAUGUGAGUUUGUACCGCGUGGAUCAAAAGUGGUAAUUCACAACAAUGACGAACCUACUUCAGGAAACUUCUUGUUAACAUGUAUCCUUCAGACAUGUAAAAGCUGCAAAGUUAUUUCUGAGAAUAUGAAUGUAGGGAAUAGUGCUGGCAUUGAUUAUUUAGUAUCAAUUGAUCAGAUUGAUGAAAGUUGUGUAGCUGUAGGAAAAUGUAAGUCCAUCAUAUGUAUCGACGGGUGUAUAAAAGGAUCACUUCGUAUGAAAAUUUCAAGAUCAAAAGAUCAAAGGCUUACUUGUUUAAGCGUUGCUCACUUAUUAGAGAGGAAACAUAUAAGUAAAUGCUUACCGAAAGCGGUUGAUUGGAUUCAGCAAAACGUUCAUAAAGUUUCAAAAAUGCAAUACAGCAGGUCAAUGCAUAAUGAUCAGAAGUGCUGCAUCCCUUGUCCAACAACUGAUAUAGUCAGUAAUGGCCGUUUACUUUUACCCAUAAGAAAGCCGUUGCAAAGUUUAUUUAAUAAAUCAAGUGUGUAUAUAGUAACAGGUGGGAUGACCGGACUUGGUUGGGAAUUGGCCGUUCUUCUUGCAGAAAUGGGAGCUGGUACAAUUGCAACUUUCUCUAGAAGAAAGAUACCUGAAGAAAAACUCACACAAAUUGAAGGAAUUAUGAAGAAAACUGGUUGUAAAAUCUUUGGCAUACAAGCUGACGUGACUAAACUGGAAUCUGUUGAAAAUGCGAUAAGUGAAGCAGAACGUCUAUCUCAAGGGAAUAAAAUCCAGGGUGUGUUCCAUUGUGCUGGGGUUCUAGAAGGAAAACUUUUAACUCAGUUAGAGAAGUCGCAACUUGACUAUGUAUUACGACCCAAGGUUAUAGGCACAUUGAAUAUGCAUAUUGCGACAAUGAAACAUAAAUUGCAUUACUUUGUGGUUUCAUCUUCCAUUAACAGCCUGAUAGGAUCCCCCGGUCAAGCUAGUUAUGGUGCUGCUAACUGUUUCCUUGACACAUUCAUAGAUUGGAGGCGAAGCCAAGGCCUCACUGGUCAGUCAAUAAAUUGGGGUGCUCUUGCUAUAGGUAUGGCUGCUAGGCCGGAGUUUACGGACAAUUUUGAAAAACGUGGUUUCAAUCUUUUAUCUGUGUCAGACAUCCGAAGCUGUUUUCAAGACGCAUUAAUGGGAAAUCUGACAAAAACCAUUUACACAGAUGUAAACUGGAAUAUGCACGCCAAAGACUACGACAAUCCAUACAUGAAACGUUUCCGCAUUAGAAUGUCAGUCUUUUUGGAACAAGAAAUCACUGAAUUAAGACAACAAAGUUCCGACGCAAACCAUUUAUAUAUAGAUCAACAGAAAUUGCAGAAUUCCAGUAAAGCAGCACAGAUUGAGGCUAUUACCCAGGUUAUUCUAAAAAUAACAGGCAAAGUCAUUUGGCAGGAUUUUCAUCAACUUGAUUCUUCGACUGCUAUAGCUGACCUGUCCCUGGACUCCAUGUCAUCCGUUACUUUUAUAAACAUAGUGCAGGAUGUGACAGGGUACAGAAUUUCUCCGACUUUCUUGCUAAACACAAAUAACACAUUGAAAGAUGUUGUGCUCCUCUUGCAAGAAAAAAUGUUCAAUGACAAACAUACAAAUGACUUAAAAAAGACAACUCAAUCAAACACAUAUUUGUAAAUGAAACAGAAGCAAAACAGUUUGAACAAACAGGUAUUUGUAAAUUACACAGAAAACAGAUGAAAUUUAACGUUUGACUUGCAGUGAAUAUGUGUAUAUGAAUCUUUGAAUUCAAUAUCAUAUAAUUGAAAAAAAAAACAAUAACCACUGAAUCAAUGAUUGGUGUGUGUCUUUGAAUUGUGAUGCGUUAGAUUCGGAUUAUAUGUUGGUAUAUUUUAAACAUUAGAAUUGUAUCGAUUUUGUAACUGACCGUUUCUCUAUAAGUCUAUAAGUAAAUGCAGUGUACUGGUAUGCAAUUUUAAAGAACCAUAUAAAUUAUUAUUAUUUAGAUCUAUAUACAAAAUUAUAUUUCUUAUUUAUUAUAGAAACAGGGCAGAUUAAAAUUUCCGAAUAAUAAUCAACAAAAAGUAAUAUAUUCUUGUUUCGGACAGAACUUUAUACUCUGUACAUAUCUAUUAACCUUUGAUAGUGUUAAGAUUUACUCUUAAUAUCCUUACACUACUUACUUUUUAAACAGCCUAUUAUUUUCAUGUCUAUGUGUUUUAUGAAUUGAAUACAACAAGCACUGGCAGUUGUGUUACAGAUUGUAUCUCUAUUUGAUAUGGCACAGGAUACGAGUGGCACAGGAUACGAGAACUAAAACAAGGUAUGCACAUAAUGCAUACGGAUGUAUCAAGCUGUAAUAGCAUGUACAUGUAUAUAUAAAUGUGUGUGUAUGACAAUACUUCUGUGUGGUCUUUAUUGUUUUAUGACUUUAUAUCAUUACAAUAUAUGCAUUGUUUCCUUUUUUGCAAUCAUACUUCAUGCAUCGUAUAUGUGUGUAUUACUUUUACUUUUAUUAACACAUGAUAAAAAUAUGUAAUGUUGCUAAAGUUUUUAGGGAUUUAGCUGUUUCAUGUAGAAUAUUGUCAAUUAUAUAUAGGCAAUGUACCACCUACUUAUAUUUUUUUCAUUGAUAUAAAGGCUUAUGCUGUAAAACUUGUAAACAUUUAAAUUAACUUCAUAUUGUUCUUGUUAACUUAAAAAGGCAUCUCUAUAUGCAUUGUACUUUAAGUAUCUCUAUCUACAUGUAUACUAUGUAUAAUGUGAUAAUUGAAAGUGCUAAUGAAUAUGUUAAAGAUUGUACUUUGUCAUUAUUAUAUGUCUCAUGUUAAUUUUUACAUACAUGUUAAGUAGAAUGAAAAGUAACGAAAAGUUAGGUCUAGGAUGAUACACAAUGAUCACGCAGUACAUGAGCAAAGAUGCAUUCGUGCAAUAAAAAUAAUAUGUUUAUUCCAGCCGAGAAUGAUAGGAUGUAUUAAUGGCAAGAAUUAUAUAUUUGUGUAUUUGAAAGUGAAUUAUAUUUAGAUAUGCAUGAAUCUAUAUCGUUAUAUGUCAAAAAGUAAUUAGGUUAAAAUUAAUUAUUACUAAAUAUAGAAUUUACAUAUUUAUCUCAGCUAAUUCAAUAAGCAAGGGAUUUUAUCUCUAUAUUUUAAACAGUAAGAUUAGUCUCAAAGCACACUUGCAUAAAUUGGCCUAAAUGCAUUCGAUGUAUCAUCAUUUAUCUUCGGAUUGUCAUCAGUUACUGAAUGACAUUGUGUGUUUAAUCUGAUUACUAACUUUAAGAUCUCCGUAAGAGCAGCCCUAGUCUGCUAGUGAUUUUGAAAUACUUCAUGUAUUGUAGUUGUUAACACGUCAAUUUGAAAUCCAUCAAUGAAGAGGAUACAGUUAUGAUGUAAGCAGUUUUGUGUUUUAACAAAUAUAUACAAAUAAUAACGAAUGAAAAAAAUCAUUUGUGAUUAUUAAUUCUCAUCAAUUUAAUGUUAAUUCAAUUCCAGUUCAUAUACAUGUAUUUUUUUAUUUAUAAUAUAUUUUGCAAAACAUUAAGCUCUAUGUAAAUCAGAAUUGAUCCAAUAUAUAAAACACAUA